ACAUUCUCACCUUCUCCCAGACCAACCAGCCUCCACCAUGUGUCACACCAGCUGCUCUUCAGGGUGCCAGCCAUCUUGCUGUGUGUCCAGCCCCUGCCAGCCAUCCUGCUGUGUGUCCAGCCCCUGCCAGUCAGCAUGCUGCAGGCCUGCUAUAUGCAUUCCUGUUAGAUACCAAGUGACCUGCUGUGUGCCUGUGAGCUACAGGCCCACUGUGUGCAUGGCCCCCUCCUGCCAGUCCUCUGUGUGUAUGCCUGUGAGCUGCCGGCCUAUCUGUGUGACCUCCUCCUGUCAGUCAUCUGGAUGCUGCCAGCCCUCCUGCCCCACCCUGGUCUGCAGACCUGUGACCUGCAGUACCCCCUCCUGCUGCUGACCAGUGUUUCCAAACCAGCUGCUGCCAG